AUGGCGUUUUGGGGAGUUGAAGUGAAACCAGGAAAGCCUUUCACUCUUGAGUCUUCUGAAGCAUCAGGAAUAAAAAGACUUCACAUUUCCAAGGCCACAUUGGGGUUUGGUCAGGCUAUACGGAAGAGCACUCUUCAGUGCAACGUUGGGGAAAAAAGUCCAAUUCUCCUAUGUGUCUUAACUCCUGACAAGGUCGAUUCCUGUAAACUUGAUUUGGAGUUUGAAGAAGCUGAUGAAGUUAUCUUCUCCGUCAUUGGACCUCGGAGCAUUCACCUUGCUGGCUACUUCAUUGACAGGAGUACCGGUUCUGAGCAAAAUGAUGAUAAAUCGGAGACAUAUGGAGAAGACAUUAGUUACACAGACACGGAGAUAGCCAGCAGUGAUGAUUAUGAUUACAACGAUAGUUUUAUAAAUGACGGUGAUCCAUAUAGCCGCGGUUCACACGUCUCUAGUACUGAUGAUAAUGGAAGUAUGCCAUUUCGUAUCUUAUUUAACAUCUCUGAUGGAACUUCAGCCAGAGCUAAUGAGGACUCUAUCAAUGAUGAUUCCAUACAAGUAUGUAACAACGAUAAUGACUACAAGAUCCCGAAAGUCCUUUCUUCAGAGAUUCCUUUGAAUUUGGAAAAUGGUGAGACUAAUGCCAAUUUUGACAAGAAGAAGGCAUCAGAAGCAACAAGGCAUACCAACAAGACUCUGGAAAAUAGUGAGACUAAUGCCAACUGUAAGACAUCAGAGGCAACAACUCAUACCCACAUGAGUAUGGGUAAAAGGGAGGAUAAAUCAUCGGGUGAUGUUGAACUUUCUCCAAUUCAGAAAGGCUGUGAAAUUCUUUCAAAGAGUUCAGUUGUAAUUAACUCAGAAGACGGAGAGGAAAAACAUAUGCCUGAAAAUCUUCAGAAUGAGAAGCCAGCUACUGAUAAGGAGAUCAAAUCAUCACCCUCUCAGAAUGCAACUUUAACAAAGAAAAAGAGGAAAAUGGAUAGUAGGGACGAAAAUGGAGAUGUCCGGAAAAAUCUAUUUGAGUGUUCAGAGAGCAAGAAACAAGCUACGGACAAGAACAUCGAGAAAGAAGAUGGUGGUGAUAAGGAACCACUAGAAUCAGAGAUUUUGUCAAAUGAAGUGAUCAUCAAAGAGAUUGAAAAGGAAGAGUUGGAGGGAAAAUCAGAGGAUUCCUAA